AUGAGCGAAGAAAAAAAGGAUGUUGAGACUUUCAAGCUUCAAUCUUUAGAUUUAGCAGGUGCAGGUCGGUCUGACACAAUUUCGACAAAUUCUUCCGUGACUACAUCUAUUCUACCACAAAUCCCUCGUCGGUUUUCUUCUAAUGCAACCUAUAGUUUUGAUGUCAAUGAUUUUUAUUCAACUUCUAUAAAUCAGCGAGUAUAUCCAGCAAUGUCUUUACAUGGCAAAGGUUAUAGACGGGGGCAUUCACACCGCACCUCGAUGAAUUCAUCGAUAUCUAAUUUUAGCACCAUGUCGGAAACUUCAUUGCCAUGGACUACCAAGGACAUCGGGUUUAAUGCUAUUUCUGGUGUUCUUAAUAAUCCAAAUGCAAAAGUUUCAAACAAAACUAAACCUUUAAAGAAUGAUAUCCCUUCUGUACCCCAUACUACUAUAAGAAAAGUGAAGCCAACCGAUUUCAAAAGUUAUAUUAGGCAAAUUUCUCCAGUAUUUGAAAGAUAUAUUCAUAACAAAGAUAAUCAAAAGCCUUUGGCUACAAGUAUCUUGGAAGCAAAUCUUGGAAAUUUGCAAAUUUCAUACGAUGAUAAUGAGAUUCCUGCUCACAGGCUAGAAAGCACGAGAAAUCCUUACACUAUACCUAUGCUUCCACAGCCUCUUGAAGAAACGCAAUCUUUAAAGCCUGAUGUCGAGCUUCCGUUACUGGAGGUAGUUCCUUCAAUAUUUUUUGAUCCGGAUUUCAACCUAGAGAGUCCAAAAACUUUUGAUGUUGUAUGUGAAAAGACUGAAGACAUUGAGAACAAUAUUGAUAGUCUGUCUAUUUCCACGAAUGCGAUUAUUCAGGAAAAGCUUUAUAUUUAUCUUGACAAAGUUGAGAUACAUCUUGUCAAUGAAAUUUCUUUACGAUCUUCUUCAUUUUUUACUGCUCUAUCAAAUCUUCGAAUGCUGCACUCUGAGACGUUGGAAUGUAUUUCUCAGAUUAAUAAUUUACGUAAAAAGUUAGCACGAAUAGAAAACUCACAAGUUAAACGAGGGCUCGAAGUUGUGAGACUAAAACGUCGCCGUGAAAAUAUUGUUAAGCUUUACAAAGGUAUAAAAAUGAUUGCUGAAAUACGUUCGAUACAACCAUUGAUACAAAUGUUAUUAGAACAAGGAGAUUAUUUCUCCGUUAUGGAUUUCAUUGAAAAAGUAAACACUAUCUUGCGUUGUGACAAAAGUCAGCAAGAUCAAUUAAUAAAUGCUAUUAAUUAUAAUAGUAUAAAAGUGCAGGCAUCUACAAAAAAUGACCCUAGAGUUAUCAUUAUGCACAGAUUAAAUAAUAUAGCUGAGGAGAUAAAAAGUUCCGGUUUUUUUAAUUUGGAAAAAGUCAAAGCAUUGACAUAUUUUAGUGAACAGCUUAAUGAAAUGCACAAGAUGAUUGGUGCAGUGAUGGAAAAUGAUUUUCUGAAUAUAAUAUUUUCGGAUUUUAAUGAGCAUAUUAAAAAUGUGAAAGCAAUAGAUGCAGUAAAUAUUCUCUGCAAUAAUAGCAAUCACUUAGCGAAGGACAGUGCUAUUGGUAUUAUAAGCGAUGAUUCAGUAACAGAAAAGGAAGAAAAACUAAAGAAUCGAAUAGAAACUCUUAUUUUAGGAUUGUAUGAGGUAAAUCGAUUUGAACCUGCUUUCCAAGCAUAUCAUGAAAGAAUGAUGGAAGAAAUAAAAUGUAUAAUCCAAAUUCAAAAGUACUUUCAAUCCUCGAUACCGCUUGGUGAUACAUCAGAAGAUCAAACGGGUGAUACAUCAGUGGAAUACAGUUCACAAAUUACAAAUUUGAUAAAAGAAACGUCUUCUAAUGCAUUUUUAGACAUACUAUCAUAUAUAUAUGUAGUAUUACUUGAAAGUAUAAAAAAGAUAGUAACUUACGAUGAGCUUUUUUCAACAAUUUUGACUAAUAUUCAAACUACUGAUCUGGAAAUUCAUUCUGACAAAAACCUACUUGUGAGUGAAAAAGAUUUAUCAAAUAGCGACUUACAAGUUGAUUAUAAUGGUAAUUCAAAAGAAUCAAUAGAAGCUGAAAUUCCUAUUAUCGAAACUCAAAAUGAACGUAUCGAGUCAGGAAAUUUCAAAUUUAGUAAUGCUUUAAAAUUUACUACUGGAAUAAAGUCCAUAAUUAAAAAGACAACACUUUUUAAAACUAAGUCACAGGCAUCUAUAUCAGCAAUAGCACCUAAAGUUUCAGAAUCUACAUCACCUGAUUCUCAAACAAACGAAACAUUAGGUGAUGAUAACAGUGAUAAUAAUAAUGAUGAUAGUAUUGAUAAUAAUAAUGAUAACAGUAACGAUAAUAAUAAUUACGCGAAGAUAGCUUCUGAUUCUUCACAAAUAAUAUUUGUCGUAACAGACUUGGCUCAUGUAUGGUGUGCAAACUUGGUCUCGAUUCGUGCAGACCAAAAUGCACAUAUGAUCCAAAAGGAUUUUUACCGAUUAUUUAAUGUAACAUGGGCAUUUGUGCUAGAAUGUGAAAACCUGUGCGGUCGUACAUGUUACGGCCUUCGAGGAACUAUUACUUCACAAGCCAAAGCAUUUUUAAAUAAUUUUCAUACCGAAAAAAUACAGCAAGAGGCAGCAUCAGUUGAAAACGAGCAAUGGGCACAAGCCGAGGUUCCUGUUUAUUUUCAGCAAGUUGUGAAUCAAAUUAUAGCUGCUGCCGUCAAAGGAUUAUCUGAUUUCAAGUGUAAUCAAUUUGACUGUAAAAAUGAAAACGAACAAAUUACUCUGAAUAAUUCGGAUACAAAACGGAAUAAUAUUUGCAAAUAUAUAUUUGUUGAGGAACGGCGAUUUUAUAUAGUUAGUUGCGGUUUAAUACUCCUUAAAAUACUUGUUGAUUAUUUGAGUUGUAUGGCCAAUAUUCCUGUAUUGGCUGUCGAGACGAUGAAUAAAAUUAUAGAAAUGUUAAAUUUAUUUAACUCAAGAACUUGUCAAGUGAUUCUGGGAGGUGGCGCUAGACAUUCUGCAGGAUUAAAAAUUAUUACUGCCAAGCACUUAGCACUUGCAUCUCAAUCGCUUGGCGCUAUCAUUGCACUGAUACCAUUUAUUCGCGAAUGUAUUCGAAAUAACCUCAGUGAUAAACAAAUGAUAAUGUUAACAGAGUUUGAUCGGAUUAAAAGAGAUUAUAUAAACCAUCAAAAUGAAGUGCAUGCUAAACUAGUGUCUAUAAUGGAUACACGACUAUUAGUCCAUCUUAAAUCUUUUGGGUCGAUUAUGUGGGAUGAGUCGAGUAAGAAAAAUGGACCAAACUCUUAUAUGGAAUUAUUGGUAAAGGAGAUCAUUAAAUUGCAUAAUGUUUUAACCAAGAUUUUACCACAGGAAACUUUACAGAAAGUAAUGUCAGAUGUUUUUAAAUCGUCUAACGCCAAGCUUGCAAAAGAAAUUGCUAAAGUGGAUAUUUAUACGCCGGCUGGAAAAGAGCGAGUCAUCCAAGAUGUGCGAUUUUAUAUUCGUAAAUUAUCAGCUUUAAACCUUCAAGAAUUGGCUAAUGAAUUAGAAACCGUAGUCAAUAAUUUACCAAUUAAGGAAAAGGAAAAGAAAUCAGAUGAAACUGUUGAUUUAACCUCAUCAUCUAAUGAUUAA